CCAUCCCUACGCUGCUCGCUGGCUACACCUGUCUUGUAAUAUAAUAAACAGCGAAUUAUUCUGAGUUGUUCUCUGGCCUGACCAACAGAACCCUCACUCUUGACCCCGGCAGGCCCGUCUAGCUUUUUCUUGGCAUCCAUCGACAGGUCCUGAAGACCAAUAAGAGGCCCCUUCUCCCUUUGCUAUCGUAAUUAGCGUUCAUGCCGUUGGCAACGAUCCACUCGUUAAAUGAGGAUGCGGGGGCCCCGGAACCGUCCGCUUGGGACUAUGUGGAUGAGAAUAAAAGUGAUCCUUCAUCCGCUGUUUAAAGGUCAUGGGGAAGAAGGGGAAGGGGGAGACAGAGAGAGGGGGGUUUAUGGAUACCGGCUUCGCAUCAAACUUACAUCUCUCGAUUUCAGACGGUAAUCAAUAAUGGCGCACUUGAAGACAUCUGCGCUUCUCACGGCUCUGCUGAGCGUAUGCGCCGGAGCCCAACAACUCGGCUCGGUGAUGGACACACCCGCAACAGUAACAGCACCACGGUCGUCCCUAUCGUAUACCAGAGUGAGCUCGCUCCUCGACACCAUCAUCUCCCGCGGGUACCUCAACGUCGGCACGACGGGUGACUACAAGCCCUUCACGUACCUCGUCAUGAACAACACGACCGGGGACGCCACUUCCACAGCCACCAUCACGACCUACGUCGGCGCCGACAUCGACGCCGCCCACUCCCUGUCCAGCGCCCUCGGCCUCGCGGAACCGCCGCGGCUCGUGCCCACCAAGUGGGCCAACGUCACCAGCGACCUGAUAGCCGGCAAGUACGACAUCGCCAUGGGCGGCGUCAGCCUGACCCUCGAACGCGCCAGGACCGUCUUCUUCUCCACCGCCAUCCAGCGCGUGGGCAAGACGGCGGCCAUCCGCUGCGCCGACGCGGACAAGUACAAGAACCUCGAGUCGCUGGACAAGUCCGGCGUCCGGAUCGCCGUCAACCCGGGCGGCACCAACGAGGCCUUUGACCGCGUGAACAUCAAGACGGCGACCAUCGUGCUGGUCGAUGACAAGAACGCCGUCUACCAGACGAUCCUGGACGGCAAGGCCGACGCCGUCAUCUCGGACCUCAUCGAGGUCCAGUUGCAGGUCAAGAUGCACGAGGGCGAGAUAUGCCUCACCCAGCUGGAUGUGCCGUUCAACUUUGAGGAGCUGGGGUACGCCAUCCCCAGGGACAUUGUCUGGAAGCAGUUUGUCGACAGCUGGGUCAACGUGCAGCUUGGGAGCGGUGCCUGGAACCAGACACUCAAUAAAUGGCUGGGCUACAUGUGGCCGAACGUAUAGA